UUGGCCGCACGCAAACAACAAUGAUGAAGCGACGUUGGUCGAAUAACGGCGGUUUCGCCUUUCGCAUGCACGAAGAUUCGUCCACCGAAGUCACCUCAUCCUCCAACGGCCUCGUGCUCAGCACCGCACUCUCGCCCUCACCACUCGAUUCGCCCGUCUAUGGAGAACCAGAUCUUUGGUAUGAUGCCGCCUUUAAUGGACAUGGUGGUGGUCACAGCGUGAUCACUGCAGCACAUGGCUGUGCGGCGUUGCUACCGCCACAGACCACUAUAAUACCCUUACCACCAUUGGGCGGUGGCAAUGGCAUCAACAAUAAUAUGAAUGGCAACGCAGCUGGCCACAUUGCUAAUGGCGGAAAUUUCAAUAAUGGCAAUGGUGGAGGCAAUGACGGUGGCGGUGGUGCUUUGGGACAUGGCCAUCAACUGGGUAACGGGCAUCUUGUUAAUCAGCAGCAAAAUGCACAAAAUAAUAACAAUAAUAAUAAUAAUAAUAUGCAUUUAAAUAACAAUAUGUUGCAUACAACAUUGAAUCAGGGUCUAAUGAACGGUUUGAUGAGUAGUGUAUUAGGUGGAAAUAUGGGAAUGCAACACAAUGGGCUCAACAUGCAGCAGCAUACACCACGCAGCGACUCGGCAAAUUCGAUAUCAUCAGGUGAGUCGGAGGGGGGGGGAGAAGGGGCAAAGAAAUAAUAUGUGUUGUACUUA